AUGCUCCCCAAGCCCGGGACGACGAUUGCCGAUGCGAUGAAGCGCCAAAUGAUUGCCGAGCGCACGCGCCGCGCGGAAUUUAUCCACGCCGAGGGUCGCAAAGCCGCGAUGCGGCUCAUGUCGGAAGGGACCAAGCUUCAAAAAUAUAACCUUGGUGUCGCCGAGCAAGAAGCCACGCGCAAAACGUCCGAGGGCUUGGCCGGCGCCAAGGUCGAGCUCGCGCGCGCCGAGUCCAAAUCGCUCGAGCUCAUCGGCGCGGCCUUCUCAGCCGACGGCGCGUCGCAGACCGAGUACGUCAUUUCGCAGCGCUACAUGGAGAUGCUCCAAACCAUGUGCGUCACCCUCGACAAGAAAUCGCUCUUCUUCCCAUACGAGACCAAGGGCCUCUCGGGGCUCAUUGGCGACCUCCGGCAUGUCUACGGCUACAACAAGGGCACGCAAGCUCGGGCGCGACGCCAAGUUCGCGCCUUUGAUGCCCUCGACUAG